AUGGAGAAUCUCCCAAAGGAACAAUGGGCGCAAGUAGUCGAAGAAACUGGCAAACCCGUCGUCUACAAGAAAAUCCCCGUCCAAAAGCCCGGUCCUGACGAAGUCCUCGUAAACAUAAAGUUUUCCGGUGUAUGUCACACUGAUUUACAUGCUGUAAAUGGUGACUGGCCAUUAGACACAAAGCUUCCACUCGUGGGAGGACACGAGGGAGCUGGUAUUGUUGUUGCCGUUGGUAGUCUUGUUGAGGAUGUGAAGGUUGGUGAUCAUGCUGGUGUUAAGUGGUUGAAUGGAAGUUGCCUCGCCUGUGAUUUCUGUCAACAAUCUGACGAACCACUCUGCGCCAAAGCCCUCCUCUCAGGAUACACAGUCGAUGGGACGUUUCAAGAAUAUUGCAUCGCAAAAGCCGCACACGUUGCACGUAUUCCAAAGGAAUGCGAUCUCGAAGCCAUUGCUCCCGUUCUUUGCGCUGGUAUAACCGUUUACAAGGGCCUGAAAGAAUCUGGAGUUCGCCCAGGUCAAACUGUAGCUAUUGUUGGUGCUGGAGGCGGUUUAGGAUCGCUUGCAUGCCAGUAUGCUAAAGCUAUGGGAUUAGACAUUAUUGCAAUUGACGGAGGUGCCGAGAAGAAGAAAAUGACACAAGAGUUGGGAGCGCAGCAUUAUGUUGACUUUAUGUCAAGCAGCAAUCUGGUCAAUGACGUCAAGGCUUGCACACGCGAUGGAUUGGGACCUCAUGCUGUUAUUUUGGUUGCGGUCAAUGAAAAGCCAUUCCAGCAAGCUGCGGAGUAUGUUCGACCCCGCGGUACUGUCGUUGCUAUCGGUCUCCCAGCUGGUGCUUAUCUUCGUGCGCCUGUUUUCGAGUCAGUUGUCAAGAUGAUUACCAUCAAGGGAUCGUACGUUGGCAACCGACAAGAUUCUGCUGAGGCUAUUGAGUUUUUCAGACGUGGUCUUAUUAAGGCUCCGUAUAAGACAUGCGGUUUGAGCGAGUUGCAGAAAGUCUAUGACUUGAUGAACGAGGGCAAGAUUGCUGGAAGAUAUGUGGUUGAUACCAGCAAAUGA